AUGAAAAGUCAAACAGGAAGUAGUGUUGGUGAUCAUUGUGUUCCUGUAAAGAAGACUAAAGUUACCGUUUCGAAAUCCCCGUGUAUGCCGCCUCCUAAAGCUGCCGUUUCGAAGGCUGCAAAGAAGAGUAAAGUUGUAAACUCAGCAGAGCCGAAAGAAGUAGAAACUGUAGCCAGUGAGUCAAGUGAUACUGGUGAUUCUGAUUCUGAUCAUAUAGAAGCGGCAACAACAGAUGUGGUUCCGUCACCUACACGUAAACGCAAAAGAACCUCAAAGUAUUGGGCUGAAUUUCAAGAGGUAUUGAUAAAAGGGAAAACACACGGAGAAUGCAAGCACUGCAAGAGGAAUAUUGGUGCGGAGAGCAAAAAUGGGACAAGCAGUUUGAGGAAACAUCUAAAUAGUUGUAUGGCGUACAAAGGAGCACAACAGCAAAUUAACCAAAUGUUCUUGAAAGCUAGUGAAACACAAGAUGGCGGAACACUACGAAGUCAGACUGCAUAAAGAUUUAUCAAAUGGAAAAGAAGCAUUUGUACGAUAUUUUUAGUAAGGUACAGAGUCGCAUAAGCCUUACUACUGAUAUGUGGACUUGUACCACUCAGAAUAGAGGUUAUAUG